UAUUACCGUGAAACACAUUAUUGUAGAGUGCAGUACUAUCAUUGGAAACACUUUGCCUUUUCUCCAAAUACCAAGUACAACUGCGAUGCAUGGGGAGGGAUCCCUGUUUUUAAGUACCAUACUGUUCUUGCAUUAAGCGAAUGGUCCCGGACACUCAACCCAAUGAAUUUCCUGUCUGUUCCCUUACAAUGAGGAAGCGGCUUGUGGCAUGUGUGGUGAUGAUAUACAUCUACCGAAACAGACGCAUGAUGCUGUGUGUGUGUGCUAGAACUCUUAAAACACAAAGCUUUUCCUGGAUCAGAUUGAUUUCCAAAACAGAUGAGUACGUACAUGUAUGUUGUCUUUUCUGCGAUUGAAGCAACAAGUGGAUUUUGCUGGUGUGUUGAGACCUGUUUGAAAACUUUGCGAGUUCAACUUCAAGUUUUGUGAUGUACAUGUAUGCGUGCUGACUGUUCGUUGUCGAUGCCAGCAUUUUGUGAUCAGUGCAGUACACUGAACAACAGAUAGCCUUGACACUGAUUGAACACAAUUCUGCCGGAUUUGCUGUCCUUUCCAAUGUCGGCUCAUUCUGCUUGCUGUUUCUACCUCCUGGAAAGAGACGCCAUAUUGAAUGAGACAACUCUUGGAUCUCAAAAUAUUGCACCCUGUGGAAAUUUCCACCCAAACAACUUUCAACUUGGAACUGUUGCCAGCAGUUUUUGCACAUAUUUCUAUGGACAUGAUUGACAGCUGUGUUCAUUAACGGAUGGGUGUGUGUUGUCACUUAUUGUUCUCCCAUCAAGUCAAGCACAGUUUUGCUGUUUCAGUGGACAAUUUCUCGGUGUUGCCCGACAUUCAGGUAGUGAGUUCACAACUGUUCAACAUUCUGUAGGCCUACUGGAUGUGUGAGUAUACACUCGCGGUGUGUGACUUUGUUGUCUGAAACUUUAUGUCCAACUCAUUGACAGGCUAACAAUUUUUUUAAAUUUUGGAAUAAACAAAGAAGAUUUUGUGAUGUCCUAAAGUUUUGUCUUAAAGUACAAGUACCGUUAGCACUGGUACCGGUAGGUCAGCUGAAAAGCAGUCAACUGAAAAGAGAAAGGACAAAACUGUGAUGGUUGAGUAAAAACUUCUGUACUCAGUUGUGAUAAUCCCACAGAGAUACAUGCAUGACAAGUACUUCAGGGCUACACGAGAACGAGGAAAUUUGUCGUCGACGAAACACUUCCCUGGAAAACGACCGAGAACAGAAAUGUGUGACAUCCCGCACCAGAUGCUGGGCAAAACACUAGUGUGAUUCAUCGUUGUGUGAUGCCCGCGUUAACACUUCUAGUACAACAAGUUUUGUGAGUGUAUGUGAACACCUUGCUUGUCAUCAUCAGACGGUCUUGUCGGUUUUUUUUUUCUGUCUUCUUUCUUUUCGUCUGGCAUGAAUCAUACGUAUAGUCUCGUGGGUCUCUCACCGGUAGCAGCCUUGUAGUUUGGAUGUUGUUCAGGUUGAACCCUUUUUGCCGGCUAAGUCAGCCAAACUUGUUGUGAGGGAACCCACUGUAUUUAAACUGCAUAUCAAUGGCUGCGACGCGAGGAGUGGUGGCAGUAUUGUGUGUGCUGUUCAGCUUGGGUCUGUUUCUGCCUGUCACAGGAAAAGAUCCGUACCUAGACUUCACCUGUGUCGCAAGUCAAGCCCUGGUUCCAACAGCAUCCCACAGCGGCGAGGUGACAAUCACUGCACAUACGCCGCUCAGAAAUGCCAGCGUCAGUCUAGAUGGGGAGACAAGGACGUCUUUCAAUCCUAGUAGAGUUGGUGACUUUGUUUGUUCCCUGGAAACGGAAGAUUUUGAGGCUGUGACGACAGUGAUCAUCUCAACCGAAGAUGCAAACCUUUAUCCGUCACGUCUCACCGUGACCUCUGACCCCCUAAUUGACAACGAAAUCAACAUUCGGAUGACAGCAAGGGACGAGUGCGAAAGUUCUCUGGAUUACAAAUGGUUUGAAGUUCGCAGCUCUGAGAGAAUUGUUAGGUCUCCAGAUUUGAUGCUGAACAGCGAUCGUUUUGGGAGUCGUUCAAGCAUCGUGUUUGAGAACUUCUGUACAGGCGGCAGGAGUCGCUCAGGAUAUGUCCAGAUAUUGUUGAGAGAGUGUCCGUCUGGAAAAUGGAGUCCUGGGGAUGGUUGCCAGCUGGACUGUUCCAUUUGUCUGAACGGGGGGAUGUGCCAUCCGCAGAUGGGCGAGUGUAUCUGCCCACCGGGGUUUAGUGGUUCUGAAUGCCAAAAUGUUCAUGGUAGGAAUGUCUUUGGACAGCUAGCCCAGUACAACUGCAGCGGGUCCGCAGACCCUCACCAUGAGGGAUGCCGGGGCCAGCUGUUCUGUCUUCCUGAACCGUUUGGCUGCACGUGUGCCGCCGGAUACCAAGGCAUCAGCUGUACAGAAGAAUGUGAGGAGGGAAAGUAUGGGGCCAACUGUGAGCAGAUCUGUCAUUGCCAGGAUAACUCCACCUGCCUGGCAGACACUGGGGAAUGCGAUGGCUCACCGUGCCUCGAAGGAUGGGAUGGACCAAAUUGCCAAGAAACUGGUGUGAUGAUAACUCUAGAGUAUAACGAGGUAAACAUCAACCAAAUGACCAACGUGACCUGCUCAGUGAACUACGCGUCACCCUUGAAUGAAUCAGAGUUCGUCCUGGUUCUGCCAGACGGAAGGGAAAAAGAGGCCGAUUAUUUCAUCGAAUAUGAGUCUCCCGUCACCAUGGAGUACAUCUUUGUUGUCGUUGCCGAUUCGUUAACUGCUCCGUACACGUGCAGCAGUGUCAGCAUGGACAGUAACGCAACCAUCACUGUGACAGCCUUCGAGCCCCCACAACUUUCAUCUCCGCCAAACGUUUCCGAAUCCACAAGGAGUUCGAUCACUCUGACCUGGGAAGCAUGGGACGCCCAAGCCGGCGAUAGGGGUGAGGGCCCCCUGGUCAACUACAUCAUCAGCUAUAGGGAACUCAAUGCAAAUGGCACCAUAGGAGAUAUCAUUACCCCGGGGGACACACUCUCAGAUGUUGUGCCGGGUCUGAAGGAGGGGACAAGUUAUGAGUUUAGAGUGUCUGCCGUUAGGCCCGGUGUGGGUGGGGUUGGACCCCCUAGUCCGCCGACAAUUGGCAACACUUCGUGUGCAGUUCCUGGGAAACCGACCAAUCUCAAUAUCAGGCCAAUCAAUUCCACCGCCUUCCGUCUAUCUUGGUUGCGGCCAGCCGACACGACGUGCCCUGCUAUCACGUACCACAUCAGAUACUGGUUUAGGAAAUAUGAAGAAUGUGAAACAAAUUUGGGACCAACAAAAACUGCACAAACCAGUGACCAAUCCUUGAUAGUUGGGGGCUUACUGCCAUAUGCCUCGUAUAAAUUUGAAGUGAAGUCUCAAACUGAUGCAGAAUCUUCAAGAAAAGCUGGAGGGAGGAGCACGACAAGGCAGUCAGUCCCCGGACCCCCGAUGCUGCAACCAAGUGCAUCCACAAACACCACUCUGGAAUUUUCAUGGACAGCACCAGACUGCACGGACCGGAACGGCAUCAUCUUAGGGUAUCAUUACCAGCUUCUACAUCGUCAUGGCAAUAUCUUGUCUGAGGGAGUCACAUCGUCAUCUGACGAAGCAAUGGUUGUCGGCUUUGAGAAUUUAGAGCCGUGCACGGAGUACCAGUUUCAAGUACGAGGGUGGACGUCGGCGGGUAAUGGAAGCUUCAGCGAGCCACGAAAUGUAACGACUGAAGAGGGAGUUCCUGACAGGAUCUCAAGUUUGAAUGUCUCCUCCAUCAACUCCACCCAACUUCGAAUUAGUUGGUCCCCUCCCGCGCAAGCCCCGUGUCAGAUCGUGGGGUAUGGGGUAUCAUACGCACUACUACAACAAGGCCGGUGCGGGCCAGCAGAAACCACCGAGACCAUUAUGAUUUCAGAUGAUGAUGUGUUAACAGUCGAUGUUCCGGGGCUGUUGCCCGAUUCAGAGUACCAGGUGGACGUUAGAGCUACGACUUCAGCCGGGCAGGGGGAAGGGUUCGACGGGACUGGUAGAACAUUUGAAGGAGUUCCUGGCCCUCCAACAUCUGUCACGGUCAACGACACAACAUCCUCCUCACUGAUCUUCAUGUGGGAGCCCCCGGUCUGCACGGAAAGAAACGGACUGAUCACCAGCUAUCGCACCAUGUUGUGGAACGCAGAUACAGGGGUCGUAGAAAAUACAACCAUCUCAGAGACACAUGUACAGUUCGAGAGCCUCCUUGCUUGCACAACUUAUUCCUUCCAAGUUGGAGCAGUAACAAGCGCUGGAUUGGGUUCAAUCACGGAUGUGCUAUCUUGGACUACGGGACCUGAAUUGCCUGAAGAAGUAACAGAUAUCCAGUUUAAUAAUGGGUCAAGGACCCUUACGAUUACAUGGCAACCUCCAACGGGUACCCUGUGUAACAUAACUGGUUACAACGUCACCUAUAAGCUCAUCAAGCACCUGGCGUGUGAUGAUGACGAGGACAUCGACUAUGAGAAUAUCGAUGAAGUAUCGGUAACAACCACAGAUCCUAACUACUCAGCCAUGGGCCUGUCGCCAUACUCCACGUAUCUGGUGUCUGUGGCUGCAUGGACUUUAGCUGGAGUGGGAAAUUGGACUCGCAAGUAUGCCAACACCUCUCAAGACAGGCCUUCACCUCCAGUGUCUGUAUACCUAACCCUGGCUACUCCCUCAGCUCUAGGGUUCAGCUGGCACGCACCAAACUGCACCGACAGAAACGGCAUAAUUGAAGGAUACCACUACCUAUUUUUCGACAGUGGUUCCGACAUUCCCGCAAUGGAAUCUACAGAUGGCAAUGUCACAAGUAUCACAUUUGAAGGAUUGAAGGCUUGCAAUAGUUACAUCUUUAAAGUUCGUGCCCAGACAGUUGUAGGAAAUGGUCAGUUCAGCUCGAUGUUAGAAACUUCAACAGAGGGCCAAGCUCCAAAUGCCGUGACAAAUUUUGGAGCAGAUCCGUCAGCAAGAUCUCUUGCACUGACAUGGACAAAACCAGUCAACACCACCUGUUACAUCUCAAGUUAUCUGAUCUCCUACAAGCUGAUAAGACAUCUCCAGUGCCCAGAAAACGAAAUCGAUGCUCCCGUGGUCAUUGAAACAACAAAUGGUUUGCGCACUGGAUAUGCAAUAUCUGGGCUGUCACCAGCGUCAAGGUAUUUUGUGUCUGUGAGAGCAGAAACUAUUGGUGGAGUCGGUGAAGAAAAAAGUCUGGAAGUGGACACUUUGGAAGCAGCUCCAGCAAAACCAACAAACGUCACCCUGUAUGAGGCAACAUCCAGAUCCCUCACCUUCACUUGGGAACACCCACUUUGCAGUGAGAUGAACGGUGUCAUUUUGAAUUAUGUGUACAAAUUUGUGGAGACGGAGGAAAGGAGUAGAAUUGACGAGAACGAUGUACCGCCCAACAUCACUUCACUGACCGUGGAUGAACUGAGUCCGUGCACGGAGUACCACUUCAAAGUUAGGGCCAAGACAUCUGCGGAUUUAGGUGCCUUCAGUGGAGCAAUUCAUGUCUUCACAGAGGGAGAAGUACCAAAGGCAGUCACCAAUGUAAACCUCAUCUCGUCCAGUCAUUCUAUUACAGUAACGUGGACGCCUCCUUCCACCAGAAAUUGUGUCAUCUCUGGCUAUCUGAUCACAUACAAGCUCAAUAGACAUCUGGAAUGUGCUGAGGAAACUGUAGACAGCGUUGAGUUUAAUGACACUCUGAGUAGCUCAAGUAGGGAACACGUGAUCAGUGGAUUGUUGCCAGCUUCUAUGUACUCGGUAACUGUUUUAGCACUCAAUGAGCAUGGACGCGGGGAACCAGUGGGUAGAGAGAUAGCAACCAUGGAAUCUGGUCCUGGGCCAGUAUCAAAUGUCUCCAUCAUCUCCGUCGGCCGGUAUUCUGCCAAUUUUAGCUGGUAUCCCCCAUCGUGUGAAGACAGCCAUGGCAACAUUACUGGAUAUGUGUGGACCAUUGAUCUCGAUGGAUCUAGUGGCCAGACCAUGCCAUUAACUGAACGCACAGCCGACACUUCCAUCAUGGUAACCGCUUUAAAACCCUGUUCCUUGUACACCUUCAGCGUCCAUGCGGUGACAAGUGCUGGUCCUGGCCAGGAAAGCACAUCGUCACCUUUUACAACUCUAGCAGCAGUGCCUGAAAAGGUUGAAACUCGACUGGUUUCCAAGAAUUCCACCUUUGCCCAGAUUGCGUGGCCGUCUCCAGUCACCCCUGACAACCCUUGUCCGAUCCAGCAAUACACAUCGACAUACUAUCUCAAAAAGUUGAAAGCCUGUCAGUUGGAAAUCUUGGAUGAGACAUUUACAGUGAAUACUAGCGACACACAGCUAAACCUGAUGGAUCUCCGGCCGUACUCAGUCUAUAAGGUUUCAGUAGCGGCAUCCACCAUGGCUGGUUACGGCGAGACAUCUGAUGAGUAUAAACUUGAAACAGAUCCUGCUGUUCCUGCCCAGGUCACAGGCGUCCGUGUUGCCAACUCAACCAUGGACUCUCUUCGGUUCGCUUGGAAUGAACUAGAAUGCGAAGCGCGACAUGACAAAAUCACUGGCUACAGAUACGAGUUCAGGAAUGCUGAGGAUUCUGAUGACGCUGAUGAUUUAGACUCUGAAGAAGAUAGUGAAUUGUUUGCUGCGUUUGAUGACUUGCAUCCCUGCACUGAGUACAAGUUUCGGGUUCGGGCCAUUGGAAAAACAAAGCUCGGCGUGUGGUCAGAUUGGGUGAAAGCAGUCACCAGCACAGUAUUGCCAGAGCCGGUGCAGAAUCUGACCUUGCGCCGAGGCGAUGUCCCGGCGACCGAGAUCCAAGUGUCAUGGCAACCGUCCCCACUUGACGACUGCUUCGUCAGCAACUACCAGGUUGGAUACAAGGCUCAGUCCCUGGAGGAGUGUAGCCUGAAUUCCAGCCGCUACAAUUGGACGUACAUCAACGUUGACAGAAUGAGUGCUGUGUUGAGCAGCCUGCAGGCCUACUCGCUUUACACUGUCACUGUGAGGGGAGAAACGGCUGCUGGACUCGGACAACAAGCAUCUGCUGUGCUGCAGACUGCUGAAGAUGUUCCAAUGGGUCCCCCUGAAAACAUCACAACAAGUUUGAUUGGACCAAAGGAGCUUCACUUCACUUGGAAACCGCCGAUGUGCGGACUACAAAAUGGCAUCAUCACCAGCUAUAACUACACUCUAACUGACCCAAGCACCAAUGUGACCCAGAAAAGUGGCAGUGUAUUGACAAUGGAUGUACUGAUCGGAGGUCUGGUACCCUAUGUGCUGUACCAGUUUUCCGUGCAGGCUAACACCGCAAUUGGCCCGGGGCCAGUCAGCCAUCUUGUCGUCAGAACUGAAGAAGGAGCGCCACCCCCUCCAAGAAUCUUCGUAGUUGUAACUGUCUCGAGGUUCACGCUACAGCUACAAUGGAACCCCCCAGAGCCCCCCUCUGGAGUUUUAUCGGCGUACCAGAUCAAGUAUUGGGCCAGCUCAUUGGAUGAGAGUUCUGCUGAUACCAUAGAACCCUUGUUUGAUAUGACCAGUCAAGUCCAUCGUUACACCAUCACAGAGCUGAGGCCAUACACAGAUUACAAUAUCCAGAUACGGGCAAAAAACGGUGCGGGAUAUGGAGAAUGGACUGAAAUUAUCACUAGCAGAACGGCGCAAGGGGCACCAGAGAUGCCCGCCAAUGUGAAUGUGAGAGAACGGACUGAAACUACUAUCACCAUCGAUUGGAAUGAACCCCAAAAUCCCAAUGGCGUCUUGACAGGAUACAAAAUCGAACACAGAAUUGUGGACCGUCCGUUUGGGUCCUCGUCCAGUGACACCCCAGUGUCUGAAUCCUACAGAGUGAUCACAAUCAGCCGAGAUGUUACAGAACACCAGAUAGGAAACCUGGAAGCCGCUACAGGAUACGAAGUACGACUGGCAGCCAAGACGGUGGAAUUCGGAGACUAUGUUACCCUACGGCGUGUUUAUACUAUGAUUCCAGCUAUUAACAAGCCAACGAUGACAGAUCCCCCGUCCCUCGGCGAGGACAACACAGUCACAUUACAACUGAAGCCCGUAUCUUCUCCAUACAUCAGCGUGUAUCAAGUCACGGUUGCCAAAAGCACCGCCGUCGGUAAACGUGACGCCAAACGUCCCGGCAGUUACAAGCAGUCCCCCAACAACUACAUCGCGGGGGAAUUCAACAAGACCGACCUUCCUUCGACGUUCAAAGUGGGCGACAACAAAACAUACGGCGGAUACCACAACGCGGCGCUGCAACCGGGCACAACGUACGCUAUCCAGUUCUGUGGGGUCGGCAAAACGCAACAGGAUACUCAGUCCAGUUGCAGUGAGGAAAGCAGUGUCACUACUAAUCCUAUAAACACUGGUCCAGGAAUAGAAGUGAUCCUUGCUGCGGUCAUAGCCGUCCUGGUAUUGGUUGCCGUAGUCUUGGUCGUCAUGGUGGUCAUUCGUAAAAGGCGGCAGUCGACAAAGUCAACCCAGGGAACCAAUGGAAUGGUGCUGGCAGACAUGGAAAAGGCAGAGGCCCGCGCCAACGGGCUCCAGAACCAAGCCAUGGUGGAGGAAAUGGUCCGCUCUCAGCUCAGGCGCUCGGGCGGGGUGAAGGGUGAAUCGACCACGCCUGUGCCACACCCGCAGAAAGAGGCAACCCCGCCCAAGAAGGCGUGGAAGCUCCACAAGGCCGUCAGCUUGCAGGACCUGCCGCAGUACGUCAAGAGGAAGAAGGCAAACGGCAACAAGGGUUUCAUCAGGGACUACGCGAGUUUUCCUGACAAUCAGCUGUACUCCAGCAAUGUUGCCCAGAAAGACAUCAAUAAGAACAAGAACAGAUACGCCAACAUCAUUCCAUAUGACCAUUCCCGUGUUGUCCUCGACCCGAUAAAUGACGAUCCAGAGACAGACUAUAUCAACGCUUCCUACAUCGAUGGCUACAAACAGAAGUAUGCCUACAUUGCAACUCAAGGUCCCAAUAAAUCCUCGACUCCAGACUUCUGGCGAAUGGUCUGGCAACAGGAGGUUGCCAUUAUCGUCAUGUUGACCAACACAGUUGAGAAUGCAAAGAAAAAAUGUAUACAGUACUGGCCAGAUGACCAGUUGGAUUACAAGAGCAUCGUCGUCAAGAAAGUCUCCGAGAGAGUAGAGCAAGAUUUUACCGAGAGAGUCUUUGUCAUCGCAAACAUGAACUUUGAGGAAGACUUACCGCGGGAGGUCAAGCAGUUCCACUACACGUCCUGGCCUGACAUGGGCCUACCGGACUCCCCCGCCCCUCUCAUGAAUUUCAUCCACGAGGUCAAGCAGGUAGAAGAGAGUGGCAUGGGACCGAUGGUCGUCCACUGCAGUGCUGGUGUGGGUCGGACGGGAACCUUCAUCACAGUGGACGCCAUGCUGAAUAUGGUAGCUGAGGAGAAACAGAUCAACGUCAUCGACUUUGUCUACGAGAUGAGAAAGAAGAGACCCAGAAUGGUUCAGACUCAGGAACAGUACAUGUUCAUCUUUGAGGUGCUACUGGAGACAUUACUGUGUGGCGACACCGUCAUGAAUCUCUCCACGUUCCCUGCUCAGUACGCAGCUCUGGGAGACUGCAACCCGCUCACUGGCAGCUCCUACGUGGAGGAACACUUCAGAGUCUUAGACACGAUGUCGGUGGCACCGGGCGAUGAUAACUGCUUCGGCGGAAGGAACGAGAUGAACCAGGAUAAGAAUCUAUACCAGGACUGCAUCCCUCUUGACAAGAGCCGUCCCUACCUCAUGUCUCCAGGCGAGGAGGGCAGUACAAACUACAUCAAUGCGUCUUUCAUCGAUGCAUAUAAAAGGAAAGAUGGCUUCCUAGCAGCCCAGAGCCCCUUGCCAAACACCGUGGUGGAUUUCUGGAGGAUGGUCUACGAUUACAAUGCCAGGGUCAUCGUCAUGUUGAAUGAGAUUGAUGGAUCGGAUGAGACAUGUGCACCGUACUGGAUUGACGAUCCGGAGGAAACAGCACUGUUUGGGAUCUUUGAGGUGCAGCUACGUGACUGCAAGGACUUCAAGCACACCAUAGCCAGAACAUUCAAACUGAAGAACACCAACAAGGCGUCAGAGAAGCCCCGCACCAUCCACCACUUUGAGUUCCUAGAAUGGAGCCCCGAAGAGGAAAUACCGCCCUCUAUCGUCCCGUUCCUGGGCUUCAUGGAGUUGGUGGAGCAGAGCCACCGCCAGACGGGCGGAGAUGGACGCAUCGCAGUCCAUUGUCUUGACGGUGUGAGCCGAAGUGGAAUUUUCUGCACAGCGAUGGCGUCGUUGGAGAAACUGAAGGAAGAGAAAGUGGUGGAUGUCUUCCAUGCUGUCAGGAACCUGCGACGGAAUCGACACACGAUGGUGGAUAGCCAGGACCAGUAUCUGUUCUGCUACGAUGUCCUGAGUACCUACCUGGAAGAGAACCAGACCUACGCCAACUUCAGAUAGACAAGAGAGGGCGGUGUUCAAGUCGAUCUCCAUAGGUUUGACAACUGGCAUCUGGGAUGCAUCACCUACACCUAUGCAUUAUGCAUGAGCCGACCAUGACUGGUUCCCAGGACCUGCGAGUACACUGAAUAAUAAUCAGGCCUGGCACCAGCCAAUUGACCCAAGGUCAGAAUUGAAGUGAAUGUUUUUACAAGCUGGUCUUUGGAAUUUCUUAGUUUCUUGAAUAUAUUAGUAGAGACAUUUCAUGAUUGCUGAUUCACACUUCCAGCCGCAUUUUUAAUUAAGUGGGGACAAAACGAACAAAGGUUAACAAACGGAUUGCUGAGCACGCAAAUCUGUUUACACGCAAAUCUUUUUUGUUUUUUAUGGCACUAAAAUUAAGGUUUUGCAAUCUUUUCUGUUAAGAUAUAAGUUAAAUGUUUCAUGCCAAAUUUGUACAUAAUAUGAUGCUGUGUUUUGCUGUUUGAAAAAAAAAGUGUUUACUAUCUUACUCAGCAAAUUGUACAUUAUUAUUGUUGGGCUAUUGCAUAAUUUAAAUAUUGCCAAGUAUUUUUGUAUCUGUGUGUUUGUGAUUGUUAAAUUUUGUUUGUGCAUUAAGAAAGUGAACAGUUUAUUUAAAUGAUGUGUAAUCUUGUAAUUUUGAAAAUUUAGUUAAUCUUGAAAUUGGUUUAUUAAAGAAAACCAUCAUUUAUAAAAGACUGAACAAUUGAGAUUUUUUAAUAAUUAUCAUAGUAUAGAUAAUUGAUUGCCACAUGUUAUGCAGAAUAUAUGAUGUGCCAUUGUGUGAUAGUAUUGCUUGUUUGAGUUUUAUUUUUCCAAAUAAUAUUUGCAGCAUAUUUUGUGUUAUACAGCUUUAGUGAUGGACAGUGGUAGAUAUGUAAUUAUACAGUAAGUUUUGUAUAUUAGUGCAUAUACUUGUUAACUAUUGUUACGCUCAAUUUAUACUAUAUGUAACUUAUUUAGGCUGGCAAUGUGAUCUAGAUGGAUUAUCGGUAGAGCUUGAUGAUAGUUAUCCUGUUGUCAUAAAUAAGGCUGGCUGGUCAGCAGUGGCGAAACUGGGGUCGGGGGUGGAGGUGGGGGAACUUAGGCAUGCCUGUGCCCCCCCCCCCUUCCCUGUUCCUCUCUCCCCAGAAUUUAGGAAAGGCAAAAAUGAGCUUAUUUGUUAACCCACCAGUGCCCCCUCUAGAUAAUUAGGCCCCGCCCCUCCCACUUUGCAAAUUAAACCCUUAUGUGCCUGUCUAAGGGAAUACUGUUUUGCCUAAAGAAAAAUACCAAUUUUGCUUUCUGUAUGUGACAACCUUAUGUGGGGACUUUUUUUUUUAGGUUCAUAGGUAAUAAUGACAAUUGACAGCCUGGCAAUUUAGCCUAAGCAAACAGACUGUAUGUGAGAUAGUGGGAUAUAUUUCAAUAGUGCCUGGUAAAUAUAAUGGUUGUAGGUGUGUAUAAGAUGAAAUAUUUUGCAAUAGCACUGCAGUGACUUUUGGUAUCUGUAUGAUGCAAUGCUUGUUAAUAUCGUUUUGAAAUAAUGCAGUAUUAUAUGUAAAGUAUACAUGAAGCAAUUAAAAAAUAUAACAAACUCUGGAAAA